AUGGCCCAUCUCCUGGCGAGGGAAGGUCGCGGCCUUGCUUGCUCAGGUCUGGUGUUGGUCGAUACAGUUUACAUUUCGCCGGCCCGGUUGCUCGGCUCCGGUGUAAACUCUAACUAUAAAAUCGUCGCCCCCACUAUGCCCGCUGACAUGCCUCCCGGCACCCGUGACGAGAUCCUAGCCUCGCUCGUGCGCGCAAACGUGCUGUGCUCGUCAUGGCAACCACCCUUGUGGGACAAUUGCAAGAUGCCGUCGGCAGUGUUGCUCAGGGCCAUGGAUUCUAUUCCGCAGGCGGCCCCGCCCGGCUCCGACGAUACCAGCAGCGGCACAGAAGAGGCAGAUGGCAACAUGAGUAAGUGCCGACUGGACGCGCUGAGGGACUUGGACGACCUUGGCUGGGACGAAACGCAACCAGGACUCGUGCGCUCCGUGGUGCAUACGCCGGGGCACCACUACGCCCUCUUCGCCGACGAGAAUAUAUCCUCGACGACUGAAUCUCUCAAGCAAGCCCUCCGCCAACUGGAGGGUGGCAACCUGUAA